AUGGCGUUGCCUCGCCGCCUUAUCACGCCGCGAGGCCCCUUCUACCGCUCGCCAUUCCCAAGCCUUGCCCCGAGACAAAUACUUAGCAACAUCGCCUUCCUAUCCCUCCGUCGCAACAAUAGCACCGCCACCACCACCACCACCACCAGCGCCGCCAACCCCUUUCCCACGGACCCCAACACGCAGCACCUCCCCCUGCACGGCCUCAAAGUCCUGGACCUCUCCCGCGUCCUCGCGGGGCCCUUUUGCACGCAGAUCCUGGCCGACUACGGCGCCAGCGUGUUGAAAGUCGAGCAGCCCGGCACGGGGGACGAGACGCGGCUGUGGCGCACCCAGGGGGAGACGGCGCAGAUGUGGAAGGCGUCGCACCCGCUGAUGUCGCUGUAUUUCGCGAGCAUCAACCGCAACAAGCGGUCGAUGACGCUGAAUUUGAAAGACAAGCGGGCGGUGGAGAUGGUGAAGGCGUUGGCGAGCCGCAGUGAUGUGGUGGUGCAUAAUUUCUUGCCGGGAAAGGCCGAGGGCAUGGGGCUGGGGUGGGAGAGUCUGAGGGAGGUGAAUCCGAGGCUGGUGUAUGCGAGUGUGAGUGGGUAUGGGGCGACGGGGCCGAGUAGUCGGCGGGCGGGGUAUGAUGCGAUUGCUCUGGCGGAGAGUGGGUUGUUGCAUAUCACGGGGGAGAGGGAUGGGGGGCCGACGAAGCCGGGCGUGGCGAUUGCGGAUCUGUGUACGGGCUUGUAUUGUCAUGGGGCCAUACUUGCGGGGUUGAGGCAGAGGGAUGCGACGGGCGAGGGGGUGAGGUUAGAUGGGAGCUUGUUUGAGACGGGCCUGAGUUUGUUGAUUAAUGUUGGGUUGGCGAGUUUGAAUCUGGAUCGGGAGGGAGGGAAGAGGAGGAGAGGGGGGAGGUAUGGACUAGGGCAUGCGGCGUUGGUGCCGUAUGGAGGGUUUGAGACGGGAGAUGGACGCAUGUUGUUUGUGGCGGCGAACAAUAACAGGCAGUGGAAGAUGCUGUGUGAGGUGAUGGGGGUGAGGGAGUUGUCGGAGGUGGACAAAUUUGGGAGCAAUGAUGGGAGGGUGGAAAACCGGGAUGAGAUUAAUGGGCUGUUGCAACAGCGCUUCAGCCAGAAAACGCUGACAGAGUGGCUCGAGGUAUUUGACGGGUCCGGUCUGCCGUAUGGGCCUAUAAAUGAUGUCGUUGAGGCGUUGGAAGACAAACAAAGCCUUGCUAGGGAAAUGGUCGUCGAUAUCGGAGACUUCGAGGCGGCCAAAGACGGGAUCCUGCGAACUAUUGGUCCAGCGGUGAAGUUCGAAGGAACAAAAAUGCAGGUCCGUCGAAAACCGCCACUGCUGGGUGAGCACACAGACGAGGUUCUUGCAGAAAUGGGUUAUGAUGAAGCCGGAACGAAACAGCUCAGACACGAAGGCGUUGUAUAG